UGCAUGCUAAUUAAUUAAGAAUGUUUACAAUUCUCAAACAACAUUGAUUACUUCUCUUAAGCUGAUCACCAUGAAGAGCUAGCUCCCCUUCUGUCUCUUUGUCUCUCUCACACACACGCACGACAUCCUAGAAGAUGAAAAUUCUGGCCUAGGUUUUGAUCGAGUCGAUUUGCUUUAUCUUCUCAGGAAUUAAUGGCCAAGAGACCAUUUGUGGAGUUCUUUCUACAGCUUAUCAACUUCAUCUUCUCCCUCUGUGGCCUUGGUGUACUGUUUUAUGGGCUAUAUUGUUUGAUCAGGUGGAAACAUACUUCAAUGCAUUCUCAUGAUGCUGACGAAACAAAGUAUGUGGUGCCCCAUCGACUAUUGCUAUCAACAUCGGAACUGCUGUCUGAUAGGCUUCCUACAGCUUGGUUUAUAUACAUUCUAAUCACAAUUGGUGCAGUCCUCUUCAUCAUUUCCUGUUUUGGAUAUGUAGGAACUGCAUCAAGGAGUCCUUGUUGUUUAAUAUCUUACUCUGUAUUCUUGGUGGGACUUGUCCUUGCAGAAUUAGGAGUUGCAGCUUUCAUGAUCUUUGAUCACAACUGGAACGAGGAUAUGCCUGCAGAUAGAAGUGGAAAUUUUCACUCCGUCUACUACUUUUUGAACAAGAACUGGACAAUCAUGAGAUGGAUUGCUCUUGUGGUUGUUAUUUUACAGGUUAUUGCUCUACUGCUAGCUUUGUAUCUACGGUAUGUGAUCACCCGAGCCAAACAUGUCAGCAAUGACGAUGAGAGCAUUGAUUAUUCUCGUAAAUUACGAGCAUUUGUUGCGAGGAAGAGUAACUAAGCCAGCAGCACACCCUCAACUAGUGGCAAAGAACAGAUUAUUAGUUUACUUGUCGCGGCAAAUAUUAUGUGGGAGGCUCGAUCAAGGAUGUUGGCUAAAGGGAAGUUUAAGAAUUUGUCAAAACACUUUAGCUCUUGUUUAUAGGUGGAAUUUACACCCUUCGUUGUAGCUUUGCUAAGUUUGCGUCUGUUCGCUACUGCUGUAUUUGAUGCAGUUGUAGUUGUAUCAGUGUUGGAGUGUAUUGUUACUAUAUUGCAGUAGUUGUAUGCUGCAGAGAAUAGUGUAGUUAGUUUAAGUUCUACUGUUGUUCGUAGCAGUUCUUGAGUAUCCUUGUUGGAAGUGUUCCAGUUUUCACUGGAGGGUUGUAUAUUGUUUUGGUUGGUUUAUAAAGUUUUAAUUCAUCCAAAAAUAUAUAUAUAUAUAUAUAUAUAUGUCUACAAUAUUGUAAAAUUAAUGUGGAGCGAAGAUGUUGAUCCCUUGAUCCUCA